UUACCGUGUUGCUCCAUCUCGUACGCUACUUUCUACCGUUUCUAGCCGUUCUAGCCUAACGUUGUGGACCGUUGUGAGUGAAUUAAAGUGUAGGAAUUGUGUUGUUUUGUCGCAGUAGCUAGAAAUGGCCCAGUCGAGUAGAAUUUUUAUGAGAAAUAGGGCUCUGGGUUAUGUUAGUAACCACAUUCCAUUAGUAGUGCGUUAUAUUCGUUGCAGAAAAGAAAACUUAGUGGUAACAUGUGUGGGAAAGGCAUUUCAUACGUACGGUUGCACGAGGUUUACAUUACUUAGUGUUAGUGGCUUGCAUUCAGGUGAAAUAACAUGUAUUGCUGCAGAUGCUUAUCAUGUGUAUACAGCAUGUGAUAAUGAAAUUCGUGCUUGGAGACGAGGAACCGAACUGAAGCACACGUAUGUUGGUCAUGCCAGUCCAGUGCACCUUAUUUUAUCCUUCGGGCCUCAUCUGCUUUCUGUUGAUGAAAACAAUAUUCUGAAGAUAUGGGACAUCAAAUCUGAGGAGUUACACUUGGAGCUGACUUUUGACAUGAACACAUUUAAUAUAACCACAAUGCUUCAUCCUAGUACAUACUUAAAUAAGAUUUUGUUAGGCAGUGAACAGGGAACCAUGCAACUCUGGAACAUUCAUUCUGCAAAACAAAUUUAUGUUUUCAAAGGUUGGUCGUCGGCUGUCACUGUUUUGGAACAGGCACCGGCUGUUGAUGUUGUAGGAAUUGGUUUAGCAAGUGGUAAAAUAAUUCUUCACAAUCUGAAGUUUGAUGUAACUGUAAUGGAAUUUAUGCAGGACUGGGGUCUUGUAACUAGUUUGUCUUUUCGAACAGACAGACAUCCAGUAUUGGUUUCAGGUAGUUUGUCAGGACAUGUUGUCUUUUGGAAUUUGGAGGAAAAGAAAGUAAUGAGCCAGUUGCUCAGAGCACAUAAUAAUGCAGUAACUGGACUUCAGUGCCUUCAAGAUGAGCCCGUUUUUGUUACCUCAUCUUCAGAUAAUUCAUUAAAAAUGUGGAUAUUUGACAUGCCAGAUGGAGGGGCACGACUUCUAAACAUUCGUGAAGGCCACAGUUCACCACCUUCAUAUGUUCGAUUCCAUGGAAGUAAUGGUCACAAUCUUCUGAGUGCAGGAGGUGAUUCUUCCCUUCGAAUAUUUUCUACCAUCACAGAAACCUUCAAUAAGAGUUUGGGACAAGCUUCAUAUAAUCGUAAACUGUCAAAAAAGAAAAGAAAAGGUUCAGCAGAACCUCUCAAGAUGCCACCAAUUGUGCAGUUCACAUCAGAGACAACACGAGAAAAGGAAUGGGACAACAUUGCAGCAGUGCAUUUAAAUUUGGCUACUGUCACAACAUGGUCAUAUGAUAAGUUAAAGAUGGGAGAGCUGAAGUUAUUACCAGAAAGAUUUGAUCCUAAGAAGUCACAGUUGAAUGUGAAUGCUGUUGCAACAUGCCUGUGCCUAACUUACUGUGGCAACUUUGUGCUAAUUGGCUAUAGUUCAGGCCAUGUGGACAAGUUCAACAUCCAGUCUGGAAUCCACAGGGGAAGCUACGGCCAUCCAUCUGCACACACAGGACCUGUGAGGGGCGUGGCUACAGAUAAUUUGAAUCAGAUGGCAGUCACAGGUGGAAGUGAUGGAGUCAUCAAAUUCUGGCCAUUUAAAUUUUCAGGCUCAGCGGCAUUGACAAAACUCAGUGUAGAGGAAUCAGUGUCAUUCUUUAGAGCUCACCAUGACAGUUCAAUGUUAGCAGCAGCUCUAGAAGAUUUCACCAUUAUUGUCGUGGAUCUGGACACUCGUACAGUUGUAAGGAAAUUCCAGGGACACAAAAGUCGGCUGACAGAUUGUACAUUCAGUCCAGACUCACGUUGGUUGCUAACAGCUGCUAUGGACCGUACUAUCUGCACCUGGGACAUUCCAUCAUCACGGCUUAUUGACUGUUUUCAGGUGGAUGCUGCCUGCACAUCGCUGAGCUUCUCGCCAACAGGCGACUUCUUGGCCACCACUCAUGUGGAUUAUCUUGGGGUCUUUCUUUGGUCUAACAAAACAUUAUAUUCACAUGUUUCAUUGCGUCCACUGUCAGAGUCAGCUGAUGUGCCAUUACUAAAACUCCCAACAACUGUGGGUGAAGAACAGGAAGGCUUAGAAAAUGAAACAGUACUUGAUUAUGAACCUGAGUUUAAGUCCUGUGAUCAAAUCAGUAAAGACCUUGUGACAUUGUCUUUGGUUGCAAGUUCGAGGUGGCAAAACCUUCUAGAUAUUGAUAUAGUCAAGAAACGGAACAAACCUAGAGAGCCACCAAAAGUACCAAAGGCAGCACCAUUUUUUCUUCCAACUCAACCAUCACUAAACCUGCAGUUUGACCUAAGUGAAACAGCUGACAAAGAAGAAACAUAUAACAUCAGGAUGCCUGCAGAUUUACAGAUUAUUUCAGGUUUUGCACAACUACUACAUGAUGCUUCUGAAACCAACAAUUUUCAGCCAGCCAUUGCCAAGCUGGAAGCCAUGGGUCCUUCAGCAAUUGACUUUGAAAUCUCCUCACUUGCCCCAGAAGGUGGUGGCUCAUUUGACCUUAUGUUACUGUUUAUGAAGUUAAUUGAAUCAAUGUUAAUAAGUAACAGGGAUUUUGAAGUGACACAAGCUUAUCUAGGACUUUUUCUGAAAACACAUGGUGACUUGAUUGCAUCAGAAAGACAGUUAAGGGACUACAUAGCUAAACUGCAAAGUUGCCAGGUCACAGGUUGGGAGUCAUUACAAAGUAAAUUAUUUUACAGCCUCUGUGUAACACAGUCAUUGAAAGGGAUGUAAGACUACUGGUAUGUAAACAUGGUGUUUCUAAAUAAAAAUACAGAUGUGCAGUUUUUUUACAGU